AUGCGACCGGCGAGGUGCUCCGCCGCUACGCCGACUCUACACACCAACCACGGCUCAGUUCCUCGCAGUGCCUUCGAACCGACACGCGUGCCUUACACACCGGUCUCUAUACGACUUACUUCUCAGGCUUCUUUUAGAACUUGUGUAACGAGUGCGAGCUAUGGCGCGGUCUCCGAGGAGGAUCGCAGCACACCGUCGCAGCAGGAGCCGAUCCCGGGAGAUUACGAGGCUGAGGACGCAGCUAAAUGG